CCGAGUCGAAACCCCGCCACUUGAACAGCCCGUCCAUAGGCAUCGGGGGACAUUCAACGGCUAGUUUUUAACACAAGAAGACACAGGGGAACCGCGCUCCGCGAACGGGAAACAGCUAUUUCGCCAAAAACCGAACCUCGUGACCAAUCAUCCUGCACCCUUGAGCUAUGGAACUCCGGAGGACACUCGUGAUUCUGGGACUCUGCCUCCUGGCGAUGAAGUCUACAACGGCAGCGCCGAGCCCCCAAGAACCAGCGUUUGAAAUUCCCGUUCAGCUGGUAGGGUUCCCGGUCAUCAUAGCCGCGGUCAGACUGACGAACUUCGUAAAGAAGCUUGCCUACUCUCUGAAUCCAGAGACCUACGUCAGUCGCGCAAGGCGAUCGGCCAUUCGGGCCGUUGACGAGGAGCUGCUGGACGUCGGUGAGGUCGAGAAAAGACUGGUCGAGGAGCUGGGAAGUGACGUUUGCGUUUACGAAAGAGUCUGCUCAAGGUACGCGACCAAGACUCUCCAGAGGCGAAGCAGAGACCGAGUUAUGGACUGGGACUACGUCUUCAGUCAGUACAAAGUGUCGCCGGAUCCGAUGAAGGAAAAUUACCUCCUAAGUGUGUUUUUGGGCGACAUAGUCGGUAGUCCGCGACUCUGUCAUCAGUUGGCGAAACGAGGACGAGCCUGCGACGAGAGCACGCUGCAGUCAGAAUGAACGGACGAAGAAUGAAAAUGUUCAUUGAAACGUUUCAAUUGUACAUAACCAUAUGAUAUUCAUUCAUCACUUUUUCUACAUUAUUGUUAUUGUUAUUAUAGCAAUGAAGUUGUGAAUAGAGCGUUACGCAGUUUUGUACAGAAUAUAUUGUUAUACUGUCAUGUAUUAUUAUCGAGCCGAUGAAGCUUUAGUCGUCGCUUUCGAAUGGUUGUGUAAUAAAAUUUGUUUGAGUUA